AUGGCACCCAUCACCUGCAAGGUCAUUGACUUCAACAUGACCCCAAUCCAGGGUAUCUAUGCCCUUCUCGAAUGCAAAGAUCACGAUGGCAAUAUAUUUUCCAAGUAUGAAUCAUUUUCAGACGACGGGGGCAAUAUCCACUACUGGUUUGAUUGCAUUCUGGCGGAUAAACCCCAGGAACUUAUUCCCAAAAUCGUCGAUGUCCUUCAUUGUCCUCGAGUCACCUUGACUUUCUAUCCCGGACUUAAGACCGCCUACUUCCCUUGGAUCAACAUCCACACGGACGUUCAGCUGCUGGAUAAGGGUGGACACGAGUUCAUUCUCUCCAUUCGCGCGAAUGCCGCCAGCUAUUCACUGGAUCACGCCGUGAUUCCCGCUCUGCUGCCGGGAAACACCGAAAUGGAUUGGGAAGGGACCCCGAAGGAACAGGAGAUGAUCGACUUCGACAUGGGGCCACCUCGAUCGCCUUCCCCUCUACAACUGCCCUCCCCGGUCAUCAAACCCCGCCGAAGGGCUCCUGCACGGAAGAACAAGGGUGGAAAGCUGAACAGUGGUUCGGACGAAUAG